ACAUGUUUUUGUUAGAGUAAUCUGUGCCGAAGUUUGAAGUAUGUCAAAGUCGUGAGGAAUAGAGAAAUGUGAAUGAAGAUCUAGGGAAUUAUAAACACGUGCAAAAUUUGAAUACUUUUCAAACAACAUUAAUAAUUGUACAAGUUAUAACUUUACUACGACGUUUUGGUUACAUAUAAAGUAAUGGUAGUAGCAGAAGAAAUGAGUAAAGCAAAACUUAAAGUGUCAUUGUCCAAUUCCGAAUCAUCUAGUGAUGACGCUGAAGAUUCCGAAUAUGAAGCGGAAGUUUCAGAUGCUGAAAAUGAAGGAAACCCAGAUAGGGACAAUGAAAGUGACGACGACCUCAUACUAAAGAACGAGGGUUGGGCGGAUUCCAUCACAAAGAUCCUAGGAACGCAUAAGCCAAAAAAUAAAAAGACGCUAGUUUUGUCAAGAGCAAAGAAACUCGCAGAUGUGGUCAAAAAAGAAAAAGAAGAAAAGCCUGCCUUUGAAAUAGUUGGAGAGGAACCUGAUGAGAAAAAACCUAAAGUAGAAGAAAAAGUCAAAGACAGUGACGAGCCUCUUGUAAAGAAAAAGAAAACUGAAAAAUCAACUGCAAGGCUAAAACCAAACAUACUAGAAAAGGAUAGAGAGAGGUUAUUAACAAAAAUAGCAACCAAAGGUGUAGUCCAAUUAUUCAAUGCGGUUAGAAAUCAACAGAAAACAUUUGAAACUGAAUUAAGUAAGGAUUUACCAGAAAGAAAGAAAGAAAAGAUUUUAAAGAAGUUUGAUAAAAGAGCCUUUUUAGACACACUUAUGGGUCAAACAAAAUCUAUAAUUGUGGAUGAGCAAACAAAAAAUAUGAAAGAUGAAGUAAAAGGUGAAGAAAAACCAAGGUGGAAUGCAUUAAGGGAUGACUUCAUGAUGGGCGCAAAAAUGAAAGAUUGGGAUAAAGAAGUAGAAGAAUAAACAAAUUUAAUUAAUAA